UUUCUUCAUAUCGUUUCAGUUUGUCUAUAUCGUCUAAUGUCUGUAUAUUCUGGGACGUUUCCUUUUGAGAGUUAAGAUCUUGGUUGAGAUCAUAGUUUAAUAACUAAUUUAAAGGUUGCAUCGCUGGGAUUUCAAAAUUCAAAAGUAACAAGACUCUUCAAAACUCUGCACUCGUUUUGUUUUCAUCAUGGCGGCUGACAUGCGCGCCAUCCAACCUGAGUCUCUUUACAAGCUGCACCUGGAGUGUGAGGAGCGACCCGACGGCCGUAAACUGGACGCCGCACGCGCCACGGUGGUGACACGCGGCGGCAUCACGACGGCGGACGGCUCGGCGUUCUGCCGCUCCGGCCACACGUCGGUGCUCUGCGGCAUCAAGGCGGAGGUGUGCACGCCGGCCACGGACGCGCCGCCCGACCGCGGCUGGGUGGUGCCCAACCUGGAGCUGCCGGCGCUCUGUCACCACCGGUUCCGGCCGGGCCCGCCCUCGGAGGCGGCGCAGACGGCCAGCGCCCAGCUGCUGCAGCUGCUGGACGCGUCCGGCGCGCUCGACCGCACCCAGCUUUGCAUCGAGGCUGGCCAGGCCGUCUGGGUGCUCUACUGCGACCUGAUCUGUCUGAGCCACGACUGUAACGUGCUGGACGUGGCGCUGCUGGCGCUGUCGGCGGCGCUCACCGACCUGCGCCUGCCCAGCGCCGAGUGGGACGCCACCGAGGAGAGGCUGCGGGUGAAACCCGCCGAGAGGACGCCGCUGAAGCUCGGCCCGCUGCCGCUGGCCGCCACACUAGCCGUGUUCGAUAAGGAGACGCUCGUGCUGGACCCGGCAGGAGACGAGGAGAUGCUGUGUGAGGCGUCAGUGACAGUGGCCUGGGCCGGCGACAGCAUGGUGCUUUUGGACAAAACUGGAGGAUGUGAACUGUCAUUGGAGGCGAUGGAUCGGUGUAUAGCGCUCAGCAAGAAGCGAUCACUGGAACUGAAGAAGCUUUUGGACUGUUGUACGCAGAGUGGGGAAGUGGAAAAGGACGAGUAGAUAUGUUUAUCACGAGGGUGUGUUCAUGUAGGUAAGCGUUCUUCAUUUCCGAUGGUUUUGAUAGUACAUUGUUUGAUAAACAUUAGUGUAAUAUGUCUGUUGACAAACAUUUCGUGCAGAAAUUCCCAAAUAAAUCAUUUCCAUGUUAAUCCAUACUGAGA